AUGUCUAAGGCACCUCAUGCAGGCCACGCCGUCGACGCCAGCUAUGCCCUCGACAACAGCAGCAACGAAUGGAGCGCGCAGAACAUUCCAUGCACCAAGGGGGACGGUGCGAGCUGUAAGUUACUGGAGCACCAUCCGGAAAUUAAUAGGGUACUUCUAGGCGCUGCCCUGGAGCUUCGGGAAGACAAGCGAGGACAGAGCAGAGGUGAUGUCCUUAUUGCGGCUGUCGAGGCAAGCACUUGCCGGUUCGCCUCGUACAGCUCUAACGAAAACUGGUGCAAAGCGAGAGCACUGAAUCUCGUUGAGCGUCUACUCGCCCAGCACCGCUGCAUCACGGCGAUGGAAUUCAACAGCAACCUGAUGCUUCGCCCAUCGUUGCUCUCGGCAGUAAAACGACACCCCUGUUUGAAAAGCUUUACUGUAUGCGGAAGAUUCAUUGCAUCCGACGGCGCAGCUGUGGUGUUCGACGUGAUAGGAUCUUUGCCGCAGCUCAAGAAUCUAGCUUUCAAGUCUUACGAGUUCGAGAAGGAAUCCUCGACUACGAGCUGCGUCAUUGACUACUCAUUUGACCUUCGCAUAAGUUGUCUGUCGACCCUUGACCUCGCAGAGCUGCGAAUUCCCAGCACUGAGGCCGGUUGGCUCGUCCGGGCACUCAUUGAAAACGAAAGCAUCACCGACCUCUGCGUCGGAGAGUGCGUGUUUUCGUACGGAGAUGACUCCUAUCCAAGGUUCCCGACGUACCUCGCGAAGGAAAAUUGCCCGCUGCGAAAAUUGACGCUCAAAUCGAACGCCUACUUCAUCAGAGGGUCACUCAUGGGGAAACUUGUCGACGCAUUUUGCAAAAUGAAUUUUUUGAAGGAACUGAACGUGGACAUCGUCGCGACAACAAUGUUCGUACCUACGUUCGCCCUCUUUGCCGAAGUGGCCACUCGGAGCGCCAAACUACUCAUCCUGAAGUUGCCUUGGACGUCAAGAUGUUCCAUUUUUGGUGCCCACAUUACAAGUCCUGAAGCCACGCAAUGCAUGAAGUCCUGGCAAACAGCCUUGCAAGGAUCGAAGUCACCGCUCAAGCAGCUGCGCGUCGACUUGAAGGGCUUCGGCAAAACCGAAUGCGACACUUUCUUCGACGCAAUCGCCAACAAUGAAUCUCUGCGGCUGGUGGAAGUCGACACUUUGCCAUUCAUUGAUGGGCUCGACAAGGUCUCCAAAACUAUUCUGGAGCGAGGUCUGAACGAUCGAGUGCUCAUCAAAGGACACCAUCGGCACAGCAACGCAAACCACCUGCUGAAAUGCCCGCAAAUCAGCAGCGUGGCCGUAACGGUGGAGUGGUUCGUUUUCCGCCAGCGUGUCGGCCCACAGUCAUUUAUCUCGACUCUGGAAGUGGUCGGUAGCUCCAGUAACGUAACGUCACUGCUGGUCGAGGGCAAUAGAUUCGAUCGCGACGAAUUAUCUGCCUUGGCAGCAUGCCUAAGGAACGCGGCUGUACUCACUGAUGUCGACAUAAACCUGAGGGGCGCUAUGGCUGUCUUAUCAGAAAAGGAUCGUACGCAUGUGCGGGCGGAACUAGUGUCAGCGCUGGCCUCCAACCUCAAACUUGUCAAAGUCAGCAUCAAAGGCGUGCUGCUGUCCAAUGACGACUUGAACGUCCUCGCACAUUGGGCCAGCAAGAGCCUUAGCAUCACCGAAUUCACCAUGACUCCUGUCUGUUGUGGUGGUACCACGCCUGGCAAGCUUUGUGAAGAGCUGCAAAUUGCUUUUGAGCAAAGGCCCGGUGCGCUAAAGGAAGCAUUCAACUUCAAGAACAUCGCACUUGCAGACAUCCUGCAAGCGACCAUACGGAAUGCCUCCACCGUCUCGGCCGCUUCAGAAUUCGUGCUAGGUCAGCAAGAUACCUUGGACGGUGCGGAUGCCAUCGAGCUGAUGCACGACCAUCCACGCCUCCUCGAGAUGGUGAUGGAAGGUGCUGACGUCACAAAGACGAAAGCUAAAGAGAAGAUCAGCAGCGCUCUUCUGCGUGUGCAAAACUGUAACCUUGAGGGGUUUAUGAGAAUCGCAGGCGUCGUCAAGGAGAGGGUGGAGUGCCUUCGUCAUCCCGAUGCCAGGUUUCAGCUCGUUGACAUUAACCACCACUGCUGGCUGCACAUUCGCAGGUUCCUGAAGAUAAGGGACGUUGUCAACAUUGAGCCGCUGUCGGUUAAUCAAAACGACGCGUGGGCUUUUGAAUGCGAUUAGCACACCAUAAAUAAAAGAUCUAGCAUUCUCCUGA